CGGGAGAUGAUGAGGAGGAGGGGAGUGGAGUGGAGACCACGGGGAGACUUUGCCGAGGUCACGGCUACAGCAGCGACUGCAGCAGCAGCAACAGGAGGGACUACAGCUUUGGCAGCAGCAGGAGUAACAUCGCCACCAUCAUCAUCAGCAGCAGCAAGCACCUCCAGCCGUUGCCUCCAGCGCUCCUCCUCCCGUGCGUGGCCGAGGGCGGUAGAGACGUGACCUGCAGGCCGUCUCUGUAUUUCUGGUUCCGGUCGCCGGCCGGCCUCUCGCUCGCCCGCCCGCCGUGAGGAGGAGGAGGAGUUGCCGUAGCGGUGGUAGUGGUACCCGGAGUCACCAUGGCGACGUCGCUGCUCAAGAACAUGGACAAGUACCGCGACGUGGACGAGGACCAGCUGCUCGGGGACCUCACGGAGGACGAGCUCCAGCGGCUCACGGACGAGCUCGAGGAGAUGGACCCGGAGAACGUAGGCCUGCCCGCCGGCAUGCGACAGAAAGACCAGACCAAGAAGGAUCCGACGGGGCCGUUCAAGCGGGACAAUCUCCUCGCGCACCUGGAGAAGGAGGCCAAGGAGGUGGAGGACAAGGAAGAUCUGGUGCCCUUCAUCGGAGAGAAGAAAGGCAAGGCGUACAUUGCGCCGGAUAAGCCCUAUCACCCGCUCGACGACCAGGUCACGCUGGAGCCAGAACUGGAGGAGGCCCUCUCAAGCGCCUCGGAGGCCGAGAUCUGUGACAUUGCAGCCAUCCUGGGGAUGUACACGCUGAUGAGUAACAAGCAGUACUAUGAGGCCCUCGGGAGCAGCACCAUCGUCAACAAGGAGGGCCUCAACAGUGUGGUUAAACCGGACGAGUACAAGUCUGUCCCGGACGAGCCCCCAAACCCCACCGACGUGGACACCACCCUCGAGAAGGUGAAGAGCAACGACUCCAGCGUGGACGAGAUCAACCUCAACAAUAUCCAGAAUAUCCCGGUGCACGUGCUGAAAGAGUACGCAGAGGCCCUGAAAGACAACACCCACGUCAAAAAGUUCAGCAUCGUGGCCACAAAAAGCAAUGACCCUGUGGCGUUCGCCCUCGCCGAGGCGCUCGCAGUGAACCGCUCCCUCAAGAGCCUCAAUCUGGAGUCCAACUUCAUGACGGGCGCCGGCAUCUUGGCCAUCGUCGAGUCCCUCAAGAACAACGACAGCCUCACUGAGCUGAAGAUCGACAACCAGCGGCAGCAGCUGGGCAACCAGGUGGAGAUGCGGAUCGCCGAGAUGCUGGAGGGAAACCAGACCCUGCUGAAGUUUGGCUACCACUUCAUGCAGCAGGGCCCACGCACGCGCGCCUCCAUGGCCAUCACCAAGAACAACGACCUGGUUCGCAGGAAGCGCAUUGGGGUCCCCUCGUCGCCCACGGGCGUCUGAGCUGCGCGGUGGAGCCUUCCGUUUCCACCCAAGGCCAGACUGAGCCACGGAAAUCUCGUUUUAAAAUGUGUUUUUUUUUUGUAAACUCAUCUCUGGUUCCGCUGCGUUGGUGACAGGGCUGCGGCCGAUGCGUUUUAUGCAGCCAGAGAACUAACUCGCACGACGGCGGCGGCUCUUCAAUUCGAACGGUAUCCCCCUCCCCCCUACUCCAUGCCGGUACGCAAAUUUACCUUGAAAGCAACAACUAAUGUCACAUGCACAGCGUUAUAUUCAUUACCUGUGCACGCUACGGCGCACAGGUAAUGAAUAUGGUGUAGCGAAGCAGCCGUUCUUCCGCGUAGUGUGUUUGCGCCGGCGUUUGCUUGCUAGCGGUGUGCGUUGAAAGCCAAGUGUGUUCACGUUGCGCUGUGUGUUUUAGCCACUGAGCUUGCGUGCGCAAUUGAGAUCGUCCUGGGGAGGAAGCGAAUGUCGAAUUUGCCGAUACAGGUCGGUGCUCUGCUGGUUAUGCUUAUCGGGCACCUUGCAGCUGCCGUGCCCUGUAGAGGUCAUUUAAGAGCGGCUGCCUAUCCUACUGCGUAGGUAAUCGCGGUUGUGCCGUACAGCCAGCGCAACCCGACGUGUCUUCGGUUUGCACCGCGUACCAUCAGGCGUGACGGCCGACGUUUCGCCGCACACGCUGGGGGCUUUUCUGGGAACCUAACUGAAUUCUGAAAUUCAGUUCCCGUUCGAUCUCCCAACGCGUGCAGCGUGGCGGCAGACGUCGUACCGAACGGUGCGUGCAGUGAAACCCGAAAAGCACAUUGGGGAGCGGCUGCGCGUCUGUUGCUCGCACGGAUGUCGCGGCGGCCGCACCUGGCGCGGCGCAUCUCAGGUCGCCUUGCCACUUGGGCGGCCGUGCCCCCCCCCCCGCCAGGUGAAGGGUCUCGCUUGAGCCCCCCGAGGCUGAAAUGAGGAAACGAAACAUCCGCGAGCAUCUCGACCGCAUGGUCUGAGAAAGAGCUUAGUAGCUCCACGGAUUCCUCCGGUUUAAAUGAAGAUUAUGAUUCUGAAAGAUUCUGUAUCGUAUGGAGGCCAAGUUGGCCUUCACGUUCGGUGACACGAGCAUUAUGAAUGGGACGUAGGCCACUGCGUAGGUGUUCGCCGUUGCGUUGUCAAGCCGUCCACCACGUGCUUCUAGGUCGUCAUGCGUGUGGGGUGCGGCAUGAUGUCCGACGAUUCGCUCCGAGUGUCGGGACCUGAAGAACUGAAGAAAGCUGCCCAGCUCCACAGGAGCGAAACUACGGCCCCGUCGUUUGGCAAACAACGCACGGUUCAACCCGAAAACACAUCGGAGAGCCAGGAGGCGCGGACUCGCAUCGCUGAUGCCGUGGGCUGCAGGUAUUCCCCGCACAAAAUGUUCACGUUUUAUUCUUCUAACGUGCCCAGCGCUGUGGUUUUGCGUGGCGAUUAUCUACGUUGUCCUCUCUCGAUGACGACGCAAGCCUCGGCGCAGGAUUUCUCUUCGGUUCGGAAUUUACGACCCCCGCCAGAGCGGCCGCGGGAGUUAAGAUCUGCGUCCUCCCCCAUGCUGCCUCCGACCCAGCAGCGUCGACACAAAGCGUGGGAAGAAAUGGCGAGCAACGGCAGCGGCCGCGUCGUUCUCGUCCCGUGGGCUUCGUGUCUUUGUUGCUGUUCAUCAGUGGAACAUGGUGCGCUAGCGUGCCGGGCGAUGGGGCUGCUACCGCCCUUCCUCGCUUGUCCCUGGUGGAACCGGCGCUCGCUCACUCGCUCGGAGUCGCGAUGUUGUUACCGACGUUGGUAGAGAUGUACACGCGCCCAGCGCGUCUUCCUGCACAGUGCUCGCGUUUGCCAAAUACAGUUCCUUUUAAAACAA